AUGUUCUUAACAAGAAGUGAAUAUGACCGUGGUGUUAGCACCUUUUCACCAGAAGGAAGAUUAUUCCAAGUGGAGUAUUCUCUUGAAGCAAUUAAAUUGGGAUCUACAGCCAUUGGGAUCCAGACAUCCGAGGGGGUGAUUUUGGGAGUUGAAAAAAGAGUCACUUCUUCUCUUUUGGAACACUCCUCCAUCGAGAAGAUAGCAGAGAUUGAUAAGCACAUUGGGUGUGCCAUGUCAGGUUUGACUGCAGACGCCAGAUCCAUGAUUGAUCACGCCAGAAUCUCCUCAUUGACCCACAACUUAUACUACGACGAGGAGAUCCAAGUGGAAAGCUUGACCCAAUCUGUGUGUGACUUGGCCUUAAGAUUCGGUGAAGGUGCUGGUGGUGAAAAGAGACUCAUGUCUAGACCCUUUGGUGUUGCAUUAUUAAUAGCUGGUAUUGACAAGGACAACGGGCCUCAAUUGUACCAUGCCGAGCCCUCAGGAACUUUCUACAGAUAUGAAGCCAAAGCAAUUGGUUCUGGUUCUGAAGGAGCCCAAGCUGAGUUGCAGAACGAAUACCACAAGUCUUUGACCUUGAAGGAAGCAGAAUUAUUGACCUUGAAGGUUUUAAAGCAAGUGAUGGAAGAGAAAUUGGACUGUAAAAACACGCAGUUGGCAAGCGUCACCAAAGAAGGUGGUUUCCAGAUAUAUAGUGAUGAGAAGACAGACGAAAUCAUCAAGCUCUUGAGCGAACAGCAAACCGAAACUGAUGAUAUUAAUACUGAUUAG